GGAGGGCUGGUGGGUGGGCACUAUUGUUUUUUCCGUUGCAGCUGAGCGAAGAGCUUGAGAGCAUCCAGGGUGGGGAUCCAGUAGACAGCGGACUGAGCAAGCUUUGUGAUUGUAUGCCAUUUGCAGCCCCCAACCCAACAGGGGCGGGGGGGCACAGCACUGGACACCCAUCCCUUUGGAAGAGCUAACACUUUUCUCCGUCUUCCCCUACCCUGGUAUCUGAACGUUUCUUUUUUCCCCCAUGUAUGACGACUCCUAUCUCCAUGGAUUCGAAGACUCCGAGGUGGGCUCAGCUGAUUCCUAUACCAGCCGUCCAUCGUUGGACUCUGACGUGUCGUUAGAGGAGGAACGUGAGGGUGUGAAGCGCGAGGUGGAGAGUCAAGCCCAGCAGCAACUUGAGAAGGCCAAGCACAAGCCAGUCGCAUUUGCCGUUCGUACCAAUGUCAGCUACUGUGGUGCAGUGGAUGAUGAGUGCCCCAUGCAGGGUUCUGCCAUCAACUUUGAAGCCAAAGAUUUCUUGCACAUCAAAGAGAAGUACAACAAUGAAUGGUGGAUUGGGCGGCUAGUAAAGGAGGGGGGAGACAUCGCCUUCAUCCCCAGCCCCCAGCGGCUGGAGGCUAUACGGCUGAAGCAGGAACAGAAGGCCAGUAGGCAAUCUGGCAAUCCUGCCAUCAGCAACCGGCGAUCACCUCCCCCAUCUCUAGCCAAACAGAAGCAAAAACAGGCAGAGCACAUUCCCCCCUACGAUGUCGUGCCCUCCAUGAGACCAGUGGUGCUGGUGGGACCCUCGUUGAAAGGAUAUGAGGUGACUGACAUGAUGCAGAAAGCUCUCUUUGAUUUCCUGAAGCACAGAUUUGAUGGCAGGAUCUCAAUUACACGUGUCACAGCUGACCUCUCCCUGGCCAAGCGUUCUGUGCUCAACAACCCAGGCAAGCGCGCCAUCAUUGAGCGUUCUACCACACGCUCCACCAUUGCUGAAGUCCAGAGUGAGAUAGAGCGGAUUUUUGAACUGGCCAAGUCAUUGCAGUUGGUUGUCUUAGAUGCCGACACCAUCAACCACCCAGCACAGCUGGCCAAAACCUCGCUGGCCCCCAUCAUUGUCUACGUCAAGGUCUCCUCCCCAAAGGUGCUGCAGCGCCUGAUCAAGUCCAGAGGAAAAUCACAGGUGAAGCACCUCAGUGUCCAGAUGAUGGCUGCUGAUAAGCUUGUGCAGUGCCCUCCGGAGCUCUUUGAUGUGAUCCUGGAUGAAAACCAGUUGGAAGAUGCCUGUGAACACCUGGCUGAGUACCUGGAAGUGUACUGGCGAGCAACCCACCACCCUUUGCACACUCUUGGCAGCCAGAACCUCCUGACACCUUCUACUGCCAUUCCAGGCCUACAGAGCCAGGCCCCACAGGGCGAGCGUGGGAAUGAGCACUCCCCGGUGGAGCAUGACAGUUUGAUGCAGUCAGAUGAAGCUAGUGAUGCCUCCCGCAAGACGUGGACAGUGUCGUCGCAACGCAGCUCCCGGCACUUGGAGGACGAGUAUUCAGAUGCCUACACUGACCUGUACCAGCCGCAUCGCAAUCACAAUAGCGGCCUCCACAGCACCAAUGGCCAUGACUCACAAGACCGCCUUCUGGAGCGCGACUCUGAGCACAACCACAAUGAGAGGAACUGGCAGCGCAACCGGCCCUGGGCCAAGGACAGCUACUGAGACCAUACUGGGCCAACCACCUCCCCCCACUCCUGGGCCAGGCAGCCAUUGAGGUGGGACCAGGCUGCCUUCUCUUGGACUGAGUUGAUUGGUCCAUCUUGCCUGGUAUCAAGCCUUUCUCUUUCCCCU